AUCCUAUCGACCAAUCAUUAGCUUCGGUAAUUUUACUGAGAGCGAAUAAACAUGAAGGAUACAUUUCUGACCUAUUUUUGCCCUGAAAAAUGAAUUCGCUGCAUAUUUAUGCAAAGCGGAGCAACGUUUGUUACGGUUACGAUGUUUAUGGGUUUCUACCAUUACGUAUUCUUGGGAGCAGCUGUGUUUCUGUGCAUUUUACACCAAAAAACAGUACUCGGUGUCCAAUGUGUUGUCUGCAAUUCUUAUCGUGAUGGUCAGUUAUGUGAACCAUGGGAUCAGUUUACGUUCAUAACAAAUUGUUCCGAGUAUCCUGGAUUUGAUGCAUCUAAACCAGUCAGUUGUCGUAAAAUCGAACAAGUUGAAAUAUAGAAGAUUGCUAACCUUGAUGACCGUGAGCACACCAAUAAGAAAACAGUAUUUUCUCUCUAGUUUGAAAUGAAACGAAAUUUACAGUAAAUAUGAUUUUGUUGAUGAUAUUUAGGAAAUUAUCUCUACUUUCGGCUGUUUCUUUGCCUAAAGUGAAAAUACGUACGAUGAAGAUAAUCAUUCACAUGUAUGUAUUGAACUGAACCACCUGGACUAAUAUUGAUGAAAACAGCCCUUUAAAUGGCCUCUAUCGACCCCAAAUUAUUUGUGUGAACCUCUGUAGAAUGAUCUAGGAUUUGGGGAUCAAGAAUUAAAAAACAG